UUCAAGACCGUACAAUAUCCAGACCCCAAAUUCUGUCUCCCCCUUUGCCUUUGGUUGAAUCAAUACAACCGGAAAAAGAAAGAGAAAAUUUUGACUCCAAGCUUUUGAAGACGAUCUUUAACGGAUUUUUCGUUAAGAGAUUGGCCAAAUUUUUUCUGUAAGGAACAAAAAAUAUGAGGUUGAAAGAUGAACAACGUAGACAAAAGUCUUCUCCAUGUGCUAAACUCAGUGACUACCCCACAAUCAAAAAUGUUUUCAAAAUUGGGUCUUUCAAUCCAAUUGAAUCCUGACAACUAGCCUUUGUUGUGGAGGCACAGGCAGAUAUGAAAAACUGGAGAAACACCCUUCUUUGGCUUCUGGGAUUAGGCCCUUUUGCCUAAAAGUAGUUCUCAUUCUAUCCUAUUUCCCACCUGGUUCCCACAUUACUGUGAACUUUCAGUUCUUUUUUUGUUUUUAUUCUUCCUCUUUCUCUCCUUUUACUUUUUUUUUUCCCUUUCUUGUGGGUUGAUGGGAUCCUCUGUAGUAGUGCAAAUCCAAGCCAGAAGAUUUGUUCAUUUGAGGUGGGCUGACGAUGGGUAUCUGCCAAUUGUGAAUCCCUCACCAAAAUUAAUGUUUUCUCUUUCUGGGUUGGCAGAAUUUUGUGAUUUGAUGGUUGGUUUUAAAUAGUUUUUCAAAACAAAAUGAAGAAAGGGCUUUCUAAAAUUAAGUGGAAUCUUUAACAUUUUCUUCCCUCAAAAGGUUGCAAUCGUGUUACUUGUAAAAGUAUUUGAAAUCUUGCAAACUGGUGAAGGAUAUUAAUGGGUUUUCUGUGUUUUGAAAUGAAAAUCCCUUUGUUUUACACAGAAAAAUCAUGGAAUUGGGUUCUUCUGGCGAAUUUUGAGUUUAGUGAGUUCGUUUAAUUUGGAACUUUGGUGAGAGGAUGAGGGGGGGAAAGGAUGAAGAAAAAUUGUUAAGUCCGAUGUUCCCCAGGCUUCAUGUCAAUGACACAGAGAAAGGAGGCCCAAGAGCCCCUCCAAGGAAUAAAAUGGCUCUAUAUGAGCAGCUCACCAUUCCUACUCAAAGGUUUUCCUCUGGAUCAGCUUCAGCCACUCCUCUUCCAAGCAGCACUCCGGCUACCCCGACGUCUCCGAGCCAUUGUGCUGGCCAAAAAAGGGGCAUCUUCUCAUCAUCCGCCAAGUGCUCUGUACAAUCUCAUCAGGCCGAGAAACUUCACUCUUACAGUUCUAGAGGAGUUGUGCAGAGUAACGAGGCAAAGUUGCUAAAGACAAGUCUGGUAGCAACAAGAUCACUGUCAUCAAAUCCUCCAUCCAAUUUAGUCACUAAGAAUAAAGUAUCGAUUCUCAAGAAUUUUUCUUCCAAGGACGACGAGUUCAGGAUUCCUGCCUCUGAUAGGGAAAGGAUGUCAAGCACCAGUACGAGCUCUUCUGCACAACUUGGAGUUGCUUGUGAACCACAGGGAAAUAUACCAGUCACAAAUCUUAUUUCUAGAAAAUACGUGGGGCAGGAAGGCAAGGAUAAUCCAAAUUUGACCAAAACUACUCGGGAUCCUGAGGAGAGGUCUGCAUUUAUCCCUUCAGCCACUGGCAAGCCUUUGUUAGAGGCAAAGUAUAAGGACUUUGAAAAGGAAAAGCUACCCCAUCCAUCCAUCGCUAAAGAAAGCUGGACUUCAGUCAGCACUUCAAAUAGACUGUUUGGUGCAAAUGUGAGAGAAUAUCCAAAAGGUUUGGCUGAGCAGAGCUCUGAAGCUGUCCAAGACAAGGUGGGUUGCAGCCGGGCUCGAGGUUUGGAAAAUUCGUCCAUGGAACCCAAUGCUUCCUUAGUAGAUUCAACUUCAGCUCCAAACAUCUCCCCUGAUGUUGUUGUCGAGUUGAUUGGCGAAAAACAGUUCUGGAAAGCUAGAAAAGCGAUUGUUCAUCAGCAAAGGAUUUUUGCUGUACAGGUGUUUGAGUUGCAUAGACUCAUAGAGGUUCAAAAACUCAUUGCUGGAUCACCACACAUCUUACUUGAAGACUAUUUGGACAACCCACCAUCAACUCUUUCUGCUGUUAAGAACAAGCUAACUGAGUAUGCUCAACAACUGUCUCCGAGCACCACGGUGAAAGAGAAUCAUGAACAGGCCAAUCUCGUUCUCAACAGAAAAUGUGCAGAUAAGAAUUCUCUUGCUAAGCUUCCUUUUCCUUCUUUCAACAAGGACAACAGUAAACUUGCACUUGCUCAACGAACAAGCAAUGAGGUUCGUGUAAAAGACGUGCAGCCACAAACUCCCACUGCUGCUGCCCCAAAAUCGAAUCCCUGGUGCUUGAACCACCCUACACCAGGAAAUCAAUGGUUGGUUCCUGUAAUGUCCCCUUCCGAAGGGCUUAUUUACAAACCAUAUUCUGGGCCAUGCCCUCCAAGUCCCCAAUUCAUGACACCGAUGUACGGUAACUUUGGAACAAUGAGCCUAAAUAUAGGUAGUGGAGCUAGAGACUUUUACCCUCCGGCUUAUGCUGUUCCUGCAUCUCACCAUCAAGGAUUUGGAUAUUUUCCUGGCUCGAUUCCAAUGAACCAGGCGUACUUUUCACCAUAUGGCAUUCCAGUAACUAAUAAAUCCAUGUCGGGGUCAGUUCCAGAUCAAGUGAGUCUUUAUAGUAAAUUCAAGUCAAAAGAACAGGAAAACCAAAUAUCAACUGGGGAUGUCAACUGCUUGACACAUCAAGAAAACUCGUGUGAAAUGCCAAGCCAGACAAGCCAUUCGAUGCCAUUUAAUGUUCAGAAAGUUCAUGGAUCAAAGGGAAGUGAAUUGUUGGGGAGCACAGCUAGUAGCCCCUCUGAGAGAGGUAAUGGAGAUGUGCUUCCUCUUUUUCCUACUGAACCACCAGCAGUUGAGGAGUCCAGUCCAAAUCCAGAAAUGAAUGAGAACAAAUCAAGGGCCAUUAAGGUUGUUCCCCACCAUCCUAGAUCUGCGACUGAAUCAGCAGCUAGGAUAUUUCAGUUAAUACAGGAAGAAAGAAACCAACUAUGAUGUAUUUUAAAAUUAUAUUUGUAGAAAUCUACUUUUACCCACUCCCUUUUGCUUGACAACAGAGGACUUGAGCUCCUCAGAGUAGUUGAAGUCCAUCUGAGAUAUUCUUACUGAAAUGUUAGAAAAUUUUGUCUGUAAUCACGUUUUUCUGGCUAAUGAAAAUGUGAAUAGAUUUCCGAAA